CAGAAGAAAUAAAGAUAAAUAUCUUUCUAUUGAAAAGCGUACUAACUAUAACCCAUGGUAUUGGCAUAGGCUUUCAUCGCCUGACUCCUCAGAAUCAGAUAGGAAAUAUAAAAAAUUACCUAAAACUACUGAUCUAAGAAAAAACAAUAAAGAGAAAGCAGCAGAAAAAG